UCGCUUGCCAACACCUGCCCGACCGAUUAAGACUUCACCAACACACAAACGAAACAAUAAACAACCGAUCAGCUUAACAUGAGUACACGAUCGUUGAUAACUCCAACAUCAAAAGACGUGGGGACAGAAAAAUUCAAAGUGGUGAUUCUUGGCGACGAAUCAUCCGGAAAGACAUCUAUUAUCCGCCGUGCUGUGGAUGACAAAUUUUCGAAGGAGUACGAGGCGACACUCGGUGUCGAUUUGUUCACCAAAACAAUAUGCACGCCCGGUCAAAAAGAUAUUCGUCUCCAAGUAUGGGAUACAUCUGGCCAAGAAAGAUUCAAAUCGAGCAUUCCUUCCUAUAUACGAGAUUGCCAUAUUGCCAUCAUAGCAUUUGACGUCACAACUCGUGGGCAAUACGAUUCGAUCGAGAAAUGGGUCACUGAAGUUUCAGAGCUUCGCGAACAAGACGAAGUAUGGAUUUUCAUCGUCGGAACCAAGUGCGAUUUACCUCUUAGCCAACGUUGCUUUACGCAGCAAGAAAUAGACGAAAAGCUUAACGAGUUGCAGAGAAAAGAAGCACCGAACAAUAAUAUCGUGAGUCUCAGUUUUUUCAUUUGAAUUUCUCUGAAUCAUCACUUGUUGCACCCAGACCAUCGACCUUACCAUGCUUGCUUCUUGGCAUUCGAAUUCAUGCUUUAAAGCUCCAAUACAUUGAAACGUCAGGAAAAGCCGGUUUCAACAUUCGCAGGAUGUUUUAUAACAUUACGACGAAGUUAAUUGAUCAAUCAAGCCAGUAAUAUGAGAUCUUGACAGUGUUUGCGUUUCAUAAUGGAUGAACACUCAUUCUACACUAUAUUUCAGUUUGAAGAGCUUAAAAAUUUAAGUGGGCAUUCAUAUGCGGGAGUACACUGUACAAUCGCAMCAUUUGUGUUGUCAAGCUAUCAUUUUUGUCUUUCUGUUUUUUCAUUCGUCUUUAUUGAAGAUAUGAAGGGCACUAUGGGUCAGAUUGAUUACGAGAUGAAAAGAUAUUGUUAUUUUUUUCCGCGGUCUACUAUUUUUAAAUUGAAUCGAAAAGUUACUGGAUUAUCUUCUUCGGAAGCAGCAUUAAGUACGUUGUUCUUAUCAGGACCAAGAAUCGAAACUUCGAACAACUCCAUUUUACCCCACUAGUUUGCAUUCAAUAGUUCUUUUUCUAAUUCUGCGGCAAAAACAUCGUAAUCGUCGUCACUAUUGUUUGUGCUUGCUUCACUGGAAUUGUCAAUAUUGGAUUCUCUCAGAAUUUUCUGCACAGGUUGCACAAUAUUUUUUGCCACGCCCGGUGUUACUGUGUGCAUCAAAAACGGAGUUGCAUUACGCCGAGUCAUACUCCAGACGCAUUCCAUAAGCCAAGCUGACUUUACUAGCUUACACCCAGGUAUUUUUCUUGCUGCUAGUGCUUUGUCGGUACCAUCUUUUGCAGCAACAACGUGCGUGACCCUGCAGCCAACUACAUCUUGUAUCUAAAGUUGUAACAAUUGCAUCACAAAGUGAUAAAGAAUGGGAAUGUCGUGAGAUAUUUUUAUUUCAAGUAAAUUGCUAGAUUGCAAACAUUCCUACACACGACUGGUUUUCUUCCUUACCUUCGCACCCAAGUUUUGAGCGUAACGAAUGAAGUGCGGUCUUACGGCGCUUGCACCAAAAGAUUGCUUGUGUAAAGGUACCAAUCCGCUCAAUACCAUGUUUGAACCCAUAAGGACCUCUUUUCGCAUUUCUUUUAACGUUUCUGGAACAGUCUUUUGGCUGCCCUCAGAGCUCUGUUUGUAAUAUCGUCGAUGCAAGUUCUCCAGGAUGUUCUUUGUCCAGAGUAAUUGCUCAUCACUUUUCGUGGGCGCAGAACCAGAGAGGUCUGCACCGGCGGCAUUAUUUAUAUCUGCGAAGCCAACAAACGGUUGCCAAUGGUAUGCCCGAACCAAAAGUAAAUUAUCUGGCGGUUCUCCUUUGAUUGUUGAAUCGCUGUUGUCUUUUGCGUUUGCCCAAACGUCUUCCCGAUCAUCGACAACCGCUGUCAUAGUUCCCCCGCAUGGAAAUAUCCGUUUUAAACUUUUGACAUCUCGUCCCAAAUCACCCACAUCUGUUCGAGAAACAAUGCGACUACCAAAGAGCUUUUGUCUCAAAUCUUUUGCUUUCGCCUCAAGAUUUUCUGCAGAAAGCAAUUCUGAUCGCA